AUGGCAUCUUGGGAACUUACAAGUUACUUCUGCUCGGCACAAGGUGUUGUGUUCAUUUUUCUACACCUAUCAGACUGUACGUUUGUAGCUUUACUUUGCAUUGAAAGAGUCGUGAAAGUGAAAAAUGAAGGAUUCUAUCAAACGUUAUUCGAGCCUAAAUGGAAAACAGCAGUGAUCGCCAUUGUUGUUUGGAUUUUAAAUCUUUGCAUAGCUGCCAUACCACUCUCAGGUUGGAUUGAGAUUUCUUAUGACACGUACCAAGCUGCUUGUAUACCUAAGUUAAGUAGAAGCUUAUACUUCCUUGUUGGUAUAUUUGUAGUAAGUGUAGGAAUUCUUUUCGUCGUUGGAAUAUGCAUAUUUCCUUGUAUAACAAAUGCAAAAUUUGAGAAAGAAAAACGAAAAUCAAAAUCUAAUAAGACAAAUGAUAGAACAAAAGAAUGUAAUGCUGAUAAACUUCAAGGUACAAAACAAGACACGAUAUCCAACAGUGGUGAAACCAAAUCAUAUUUGAAAUCAUUUCCUAAAAAUACUAGACAACCAGAGUCGGUCAAUACAAUGAACCCUCCCAAUGGAAAACGAAAAGGAAUUUUGAUACAACUAAAGAACGUAACCAAAAAAAGUCGUAAAAUAUUUCUAGAAAACAGCAAUGAUGAGUUUCAACUCGCAGUCACGGUUUUUAUUAUUUGGAUAACAACAAUACUGUGUUGGUUGCCAUAUUACAUUGUAACAUUUUACGAUAGUUUGCACGAAAAUAUAUGGAGUGGGUUCUAUACUAUUACACUAAUUGGAGCAGUUCUAUCUUUCUUUUUAAAACCUUUGAUUUAUUUAGCGCAUAACCGACACGAUCCUGACGAAGAAACUUGCCUUUAUACGAACGCUAAAAGGACAACCGUUAAAUCGUUUAGGAAAACUGUCAACAAACUAGAUGCAAUAUUAUUCAUGUCACCAAGAAGUCACAAGACAGGCCAGAAACACAGCAAAAAGGUACAAGCAAAGGAUAACGCUGCGAAAAGCGUCGAUACGAACGACACUAAUAUCAGCUCUAAACCCUUUACUGGAAAAUCAGGGCAUGUCGUUGAAAAUUGUGAGAAUCAACACAAUACAAAGGACAAAUAUAACAAACAGAACAGAAACACAAAUAAUGAUUCUAGUAAUAAAUCACAUGACCAUAGAAGACAAAGCAUACUUUUAGUUGGUGCUGUUUCAGAAUUGAGUUCUAGUGACAAGAAAUUGGCAAAUCGAGGCGAAAAGUCCAAUACCAAUGAUCAAAAUCAGCAGGCAACAUAUUCAAAAAGCAACGAAAAUAUUGCGCAUAAACAAUCUAGAGUUGCAAAGAGAAGGAGUACUCAUGUCGAGUAUAAUAACAAAACUACAGACAUGAACGGAAGCUCAAAUGAUCGCAAAAGGGAAUAUAAUAAUCCUAGUCAAAAUACUGAUAUAAAUGGAAGGGCAAAUGACAAACAAAUGAAAUAUGAUAAUUUAAGAAAUAAUCAAGGUAAUGUCAUAAUUGAAAAACGUUCUUCAGAACAAUACGUUGGCAGUAAAACAAUACUUGUACAGAAUGGAGGCUCCAAAUAUUCUACAGAAAAGUCAAAAAAUGGCGUUGAGAAUUCUCAUAAUAAUUACAACUCAAAGAAUCAAUUUAAUACAGAGUACAGAAACCCACACAAAGAUGACAGCAAUAAUUUUCAUGACUAUGAAAGACAUGCAACAAAUACGAAAAGCAAAGAAAACACUGCACACAUGCAUAUUCCAUCGAGAGAUUUAAAGGGAAGCACCACUCAGAUCAAGAGUGAUUGCAAACCUACUGCCAUGAACGGAAGCUCAAAUGAUAGAAAUAUGGAUUGUAACAAUCCGAAUCAAAGCACUGUCACGAACGGAAGCUCAAAUAACAGAAAAAUAGAACAUAGCAUCUCGAGUCAAAGUACUUUAUUGGAUGGACGCUCAAAUAAAAACAAGAAGGUAUAUAACCACACGAGUCAAAGUAUUGUAAUUAACGAAAGCUCAAAUGAUAGAAACAAUGAAUUAAACAACCCGAAUCAUAGCACUGUCAUAAACAAAAGCUCAAAUGACAGAAAGAAGGAAUAUAACCAACCGAGUCAAAGUAUUGUAAUUAACGAAAGCUCAAAUGAUAAAAACAAUGAAUUAAACAACCCGAAUCAUAGCACUGUCAUAAACAAAAGUUCAAAUGACAAAAAGAAGGAAUAUAACCACCCGAGUCAAAGUAUUGUAAUUAACGAAAGCUCAAAUGAUAGAAACAAUGAAUUAAACAACCCGAAUCAUAGCACUGUCAUAAACAAAAGUUCAAAUGACAAAAAGAAGGAAUAUAACAACCCGGGUCAAAGUAUUGUAAUUAACGAAAGCUCAAAUGAUAGAAACAAUGAAUUAAACAACCCGAAUCAUAGCACUGUCAUAAACAAAAGCUCAAAUGACAGAAAGAAGGAAUAUAACCACCCGAGUCAAAGUAUUGUAAUUAACGAAAGCUCAAAUGAUAGAAACAAUGAAUUAAACAACCCGAAUCAUAGCACUGUCAUAAACAAAAGUUCAAAUGACAAAAAGAAGGAAUAUAACCACCCGAGUCAAAGUAUUCUAAUCAACAGAAGCUCAAAUGAUCGAAAGAAUGAGUUAAGCAACCCGAGUCAAAGUAUUCUAAUUAACGGAAACUCAAAUGACAAAAAGUAUGAGUUAAGCAACCCGAGUCAAAGUAUUGCCAUGAACGGAAGCUCACAUGAAAGAAAGAAGGAAUAUAAAAAUCCGAGUAAAAGUACUGAUACUGGUGAUAAACCUUCUUCACAACAACACACUCGUGAUAAGACUGCUAUUGCACAUAAUCACAACAGGAAGCAGGAUAGUAGAAACAACUCCGAUAAACAUAGUGAUAAUCAACUGAAUUUAGGAGACAGGAACAAUGACGCUAUUCAAACAGAAAAAAGGAACGAGUUGACUGGCGAAAACAUGUCAGAGAAAAACAAACUUAAUGGUAUGCGACAAAUAACAAACAAGCACAACAUACCCAAGCACUCAACCUCAAAUAAUAGUACAAGUGAAGACAAUUCAGAGGAAUUACGGGAUCGCAGUGGUGGUACGAAUAGAAACAAAAAUGAAGUCGAUGACAAGAACGUGCAAAUCUAUAAUAAACAGGAAGACUAUAAAAACAAACAGAUCCAAAUGAGGGAUCAAAAUAUUAGCAACACCCAAAAACAUUACAAAGAAGAAACGAGAGAGGCUUCGUUGAAAAGGAAACAACACAAUGAAGCCAGGGUAGAUAAUGCAGAAGUGUUAUUUGAAGAUGAUGACGCAGCCUAUACAAGUAGACCGCGCGGUGUUCAGUCAAUUGAAAUGUUUCGGGAUCAUGAACAAGAAAAGAUAAAUCAAAAGAGAUAUACAUCAAAAGAGAUAGAGCAAAAACAAAUAGAGAGUGGUACAAACAAGAUGAAAAUCAACAAACCGAAUACAGAUGUUAACGAAGGUAAAAUAUAUGAGAAAAACGAAACCAAAUCGAUGAUAACAGAAAAUGAAAAUAAACAACAAAUCGAUAUAGUCGCAUCAAAAACAAACCCAAAGAACACUGACAGUUCCGAUGGAGCUGUGAACAUUGUAUCUAGUGAAACACCAAAGAAUAAUCAAUAUCAUAAUAAAACUGGCGACCACCAUGAUACUCAUGUGACAGCUUCGAAAACAAAAGAGCAAUAUAAAACUGAUAAUACAGAGAAAACGAACACAUCUCACCUUGGUGUUUCAGUUGUUAAUGGCAAGAAUAAGAUCAACCAGAGAACGCAUCAACUUACCAAAGCAACAGAAUCUGAUAUGACAAAAUCUGUGGAUGAUGAUAACCGUAAAUUGGAUGAAACUUCGUCCAAUUCGAAUGUGAAGAUAUCAGAAAUGAGUCAAAGUGACAAAAAAGACAGUAUUCAUCCAUCAAAUGUUACUGAAACACAUCAAACUGAACAUAUGGAACAAAACAGACCUACGAAAGGGAAAAAGGAAACUACUUCUAUUGAAAAAGAUCAUCAUCAAACCAAUAACUCCAGAUCAAUCGACAGUUACCAAAGAAAUACUGGAUAUCCUGUUAAUAAUACUUCCAAUCAGAUGGUGUUAUCAAAAUCAGUCAACACAUCAACAAACAGAGAAUCCGGUAUAUCAAAUAAAACUGACUCAUCUGUAGCCAGCAAUCCUCAAAGUCUAAACCAAAACUAUUACCCCAGAAAUAACAAGUAUAACGAUAUUCAUAGUAAAUCACCACAUAAUAGUCAAGUAGCAGAUUUAACAGGAGACAAUAAUGAGAAAUUGAAGUUAUACGAUGAUAAAUAUAUGUCAAAAACAGAAAGGGGAGUAGACAAAAAUAGUACAAAAGGAAUAUCUUACUUCUCACAGAAUAAUGCUAGAGAAUUGAAUGAUCAUUUCUCUGUUGGUGAUUUGCCAGAUGACAAUAUAACACGGAAACAUAAAUUAUCCGGAACCACGUCUAACUCUGUGGAUAUCAAACAACAAAAAUCCAUAUUCCAACACCAUGGACUUGAUAAGGAUGAUCAUACUAGUUUAACAAUGUUACCCCUAAAAAAACAUAGUUCCGAAAUGUCUCCAGAUGUAGCUACUGUAAAUAACACACGUGAGAGAAUUACAGAAACCAAUACACACAAUUACAGGUCCUUGGACGGUUUCGCUGACGGAAAGGAAAAAUAUAAAGGAAACGAUCAACAAAAAAUAAGCUUUCUUCAAGGUACCUUAGCAGAAAAAUCCUCAAAUGAACUGAGCGCUAAUAAACUUGCAUAUAGUAAAUACCAUGUUAACAAUCCACAAAGUUCGAGAUUUAUCACUGCUAACUCUUCAGAUAGAUCGUCUGAUUUGACAAACGUCCGUAAUAUCCAACAAAGUAAAUACAAAGGACAAGGUCCUGAAAAUGACAGCUUCCUGUCAAGCAGUUUCACAGAACAAACCUUCAACAGAAGAGAAGAAAAUAUCAUUAGGAAAAAAGAUUACACGGUAGCACAAAUUGAAGAUACAGUAAAAACUAGUAAUUCGGCCAGAAAUGUUUCUGGUAGCUGUCCGUAUGAUAUCCCAGUACUAUAUAGUGCGAAUGACAAUACAACGUAUAGUACUAAUAAUGCAAAGCCACCACCAAUCAAAACUGUACACGUUCUACAGAAAUCAACGAUGAAGAGAAGAAGUAUUUACGAUGCUCUUCAUGGGGAUAAUAAUCAUUUCUAUUAG